ACUAACAUUCCUCUGUCGCCGGACACCUUUCUCUCUCUUCCCCUGUCUCUUCCCCUGUCUCGGUCGCUCCGAUGGCGCUCCGAAAAGCUCUAGCCAAGCGACUCUUCGACUCUCCCAGAUCGGCGUCGCCGGCGGCAGGGGCGGCCCUGCCCUCGCUCCAAGCCGUGCCUCCCCCUCCGGCGGCCGCCGCCGCCGCCGCCUCCUUCCACCGCGAGUACGUCGCGUCGCCGGCGGCCGCCGAGAAGGGCCUCCUCCGUCGCUUCCUCCAGCGGCGCGCGAUCAACCAGGCCGCCGGGGCGAGGCUGCCGGAGUUCCUCUCCCUCCCGGUCGGGGACAAGCUCCGCGAGAGGCUCCGGAGCCUCAACGGCCCCGCCGGCGGUGGUGGGGGGGAGCGCCUCCGGCUCGGCGGGCUCUCGCCGCCGGUGGCAGGGGACCCGCUCGCCGGGGUGUCGGUGGGGGACGCGAGGAGGCUGCUGAGGCUGUGGCGGGCGGAGACGAUCAGGGCGAAGCUGAGGGGGAUCGGCGCGAGCUCGAUCUCGUACGAGGAGUUCGUGGGGAUCUGCGACCAGGCCUGCGGGGGGUGCGAGGAAGAAGGUGCCGAGUUCGCGAAGGCGUUGGACGAGUCCGGCAACGUCAUCGUUCUCGGCAAUGUCGUGUUUCUCAGGCCUGAGCAGGUGGCUAAGUCAGUGGAGUCGCAGCUCUACCAAUCCAUGGCCGGGCCCAACGACCCGAGGAGGAGGGAGCUGGAGCAGAUGGAGAAGCACAAGGCCCUGAUCGACGAGAAGGCCCGGGCCCAGGUGAAGGGCGAGCUGUACUGCGGGCUCGGCUUCCUGGUGGCCCAGACGCUCGUGCUCAUGCGGCUCACGUUCUGGGAGCUGACCUGGGACGUCAUGGAGCCCAUCUGCUUCUUCCUCACCAACCUCCACGUCGCCCUCGCCUACGGCUUCUUCCUCCGGACCUCCACGGAGCCGUCCUACGAAGGGUACUUCCAGCGCCGCUUCAAGACCAAGCAGCAGAAGCUCAUGAGGGUCCACAACUUUGAUGCCGGCCGGUAUCGCGAGCUCCGCUGCGCUUUUUACCCGGACGAGUCCCAGUCCUUGCGGGAAAGACCGUGAGAGGGGACAAAAGACAAAAGGGAACUAACCAUUUGUGGCUAAAUAAUAAGGUCGCCAUGAUUGUUAAGGGAGAGAGAGUUAAGACAUGAGUAACUAGUUUUUUCGGCCGCCGUCGUGCAUGGGAACUCAUCCAUUUUUCUUGGAGUUCAUCUAAUUGAAGGUUUGAGGGGGAACAUUACCAACGAUCGACGGAGUUUACGUCAGUUUUCACGACUUUUCGAGUGCAACCUGAGUAAUUUUUCCUGGGGAAUUUGACUGCAGUGCGUUUGAGAGAGCAAACGAUUAGGUCAACUUAGAAGAAGAACAUGACUCUACCGCAGGAUCUCUUGUAUCGUAGAGAUGUCUCUCUUCACUUUUGUACAUAAGAGACUGUUCGAACAGAUAUGGCAAGAAAAAGGAUCCCCUGUUGUUUUCGGCUCA